AUGCCCAAGCAAACAGCAGUGACGAUUACUUUGGCGACCCUGCUGGGUGUUGCAGUGGGGGGCCUGGUUUUGUGGAAAGCAACCCAGCGUCGGAAAGCAAAAGCAUGCUGUAGUAGUCGGCGAGAGGAAGCAGUUAUAAACUCGGGAGAUGAGAAACUGAUUAAGGCAGAGGAUAAGGAGGUGCUUUCCUUCUUCAGAUCUCCCACCUUUUCCUGGGUAGAGAGGACCCUUGGUGCAGACAUAGUGAUAGUUUCAGAGCAGGAGGAGUGGGAUCGUGUUGAACCUUUGCUGAAGAAGGAGCUGGAGAAGUGGCCAGUGCUUGGAAUUGAUUGUGAGUGGGUAUCUGUGGAGGGAAAAGCAAAUCCUGUAUCCCUCCUACAGAUGGCUUCUUCCAGUGGCCUCUGUGUUCUUGUUCGGUUGCCCAGGCUUGUUGCCAGUGGACAGACUAUCCCAAAGACCCUGUUGGACAUGAUGGCAGAUAGUGCUGUGUUGAAAGUUGGGGUAGGAUGCUGGGAAGACGCUUGCAAGUUACUUCAUGAUUAUGGUCUUCCAGUCAAAGGGAGCGUGGAUCUCCGGUAUUUAGCCAUGAGACAGCGGAAGGAUCUACUUCACAACUGCCUUAGCCUUAAGUCUUUAGCUGAAAAAGUCCUGAGCUGCCCGCUUGACAAAUCUCCUCGUGUGCGUUGCAGCAACUGGGAGGCAGAAGAACUGACACAAGAUCAGGUUCUCUAUGCUGCUAGGGAUGCCCAGGUCUCAGUGGCUCUGUUCCUCCAUUUGCUGGGAUUUACCAGCCUCCCUGCUACAUCUCAAGGUGAAAACUCCGUCGCUGCGUGGGAAAAAGCACUGGGUAAAUGCCGGGGCUUGGUGGAUAUCCCAUUUAGAGGAAGAAGGAGUGGCAGCACAGGAGAGGAGAAGAGUGGAGAGGGACGCUCCCCUCAGAAAACAAAGAAUCGGAAAUCUUCGGUGAAUGGCCAGCCCUCUGGCAGUCAGCAAGUGAGAGAUCCUCGGAGGCAGAAGCGAAAGCCCCUGGGUGUAGGAUAUUCUGCAAGAAAAUCUCCACUGUACGACAACUGCUUCCUGCAUGCACCGGAUGGACAGCCCCUGUGCACUUGUGAUCGCAAGAAGGCUCAGUGGUAUCUGGACAAGGGGAUUGGAGAGCUAGUUAGCACAGAUCCGUUUGUUGUGAAGCUGCGGUUUGAGCCUUCAGGACGUCCCGAGUCUCAGGUUGAUUAUUAUCUGACAGUCAAAGAGAACCUGUGUGUUGUAUGUGGCAAGCGAGAGUCCUAUAUCCGGAAGAACAUUGUUCCUCACGAAUACCGAAGACAUUUCCCCAUCCAGAUGAAGGACCACAACUCCCAUGACGUGCUCCUACUCUGCACGUCCUGCCAUGCCAUCUCCAAUUACUAUGACAACCACCUCAAGCAGCAGCUGGCUGAGGAGUUUGGUGCCCCCAUCGGCUCUGAGGAAGGCGUGCGUCUGCUGGAGGACCCCCUGCGCAGGCAAGUGCGCUCGGGGGCCCGAGCCCUGCUGAAUGCAGACAGUCUGCCUGACCCCCGAAGGGCAGAACUUCUGCAAAGCAUCAAGGACUUCUUUAACACAGAGGCAGUCACCCCAGAGAUGCUCCAGGAAGCAGCUGGUCUGGAAACCAGGAUCUGCAAUGAGAGCUACAUGCCACAUGGACUGAAGGUGGUGCAGUGUUUCGCUAAAGGAGGCCUGCGCUCCCUUAUGCAGUUGGAGAGACGCUGGCGGCAGCAUUUCUUGGACAGCAUGCAGCCCAAGCACCUCCCAGAGCAAUGGUCAGUGGACCAUAACCACAUGAAGCUGAUCCGAAAGUAUGGGGAGGAUCUUCAGAUCGAGCUGUCGUGAGACUAACUUCCUAGAUAGUGUCUAAUGGACAUAUGUAACUGAAGGUGGAAGGGCUGUUUUUAUUUCAGUGUCUCCACUAACAUCUGGACCUGGGGUUGCAAACAGGCAGCAGUGGAUCUGCCAGAUUUGCCAUUUUAUAGAGUUAAAUCCGUUGACUUGAAUUUUCAGGUGGUUUGGAAUUUUUGAUCCUAGUCUGUCACUGACUAGUUCAGUGUGAGAGUGAUAUGCUAAGGCAACUUGUCUUCUCAAAGUGACUAUGGAGAGUUAUUUUCUACCCCCUAGGAUGGCUGAUGCCUCCAGACCAUCUCUUUUAACACAAAGCACAAUAUAUGAACGUUUCCAGGUUUUCCAACAGAUACAUCUGCGCCCUUAGCUGCACCUUGAGAGUCUCCUGAUAAAAGUCUUUGCUUUCAGUGCAGUUGUACUCAUAUGAGUUCUUCUCAGAGAAGACUCCCUGCCAGAGAGAGAUUCCUUGUUUGGAAGUGGCAAAGAAACCUUACCUUUUUUUGCAGAUUCUGAGCUGUAUCAGCAUUGCAUAUAGGCCUCAGUGAGUUUCCUGGUGGCAGGUGCCUGAUGAGAAGCAACACACUGACUCUGGCAGUAUGGAAGCAUCCAUGUCAAGUCUUUUCUUAAACAGCUUCCAGCAACACACGGUCUAUAAAAAAUGUUAUUUCCUACUUCCACUUGUUUAUCAUGAAUAGCUCUUCGUGGGUACCUUUUCAUAUCAGACUGAAAUGGGGUCAGAUGUCUGGGAUGAGAGGAAACAAAUUUUAUCUAAAGACCAGCAUCCUUUAAGAGGUCAGACCACAUGUGGCAGAAAACUGGAAAAUCUGGUGUUCUGUUCCUGGAUUUGACGUGUGUGGUGGUGAGCAGGUCAUACUCUCUCCAUGCCUGUUUCCCUGUCUCUAAAAUGGGACUAAUAAUAUUUAACCUAUCUCACAAGGGUGUUGUGAGGCUUAAUUAAUUCAUGUUUUUGUAAAAUGCUUUGAAAAUAUAAGUUAGUGUGUGCUAGUUAUUACUGUUUUUUAAAAUGUGCUGCUGUCUGACUUUCUUAAAGCUUUUUGCCUGGUGCUAGACCUUAGUUAAAUAUAACCUUUUAAAAAUACAUACCCCUUUCU